UUUCUCAACAGGCGGUUCUGCUUUACGGUAGUUGCUAAGGGGUGUGGUGUGCGUCAUUUGAGGUGCCGUAAGUAGACCCCGGCGAGCUAGUAGGUCAUUGCAUGAAGGUGCUGUUUAACUUUUGCAAGUAUUAGGUUAUUUUCGUAGUCGGUGUGUUAGCUGACAUGUUUCGCUCAGUAAGAAAACUGCAAAGCUGCGUUCGCCCUUCUUGUCAUGGAGGCGUUGUGUCCUCAGUUGGUUUAAGUUUUCGGUUUAGAGGGCUUCAUGCUAGUUGCACCAUUAGCCGGUUGCGGGUACAGUGUGUGACACCUCGCUGUAGUUCUAAUUCUUUAGUGCGUACAGGACUGAAGCUACAGUCACCUUGGCUUAAUGUUGGAGGACGAAGGUGGUAUAGCUUGCCACCCCAUGAAAAGGUGGCCUUGCCAGCUUUGUCUCCUACAAUGCAGACUGGAACAAUAGCUCGCUGGGAGAAGAAAGAGGGGGAUAAAAUCAAUGAAGGAGAUAUUAUUGCUGAGGUGGAAACUGACAAAGCGACUGUGGGCUUUGAAAGCCUUGAAGAAUGCUAUCUGGCUAAAAUCCUGGUAUCUGAAGGAACACGAGAUUUACCACUAGGUUCUAUAAUCUGCAUCACCGUCGACAAGCCAGAAGAUGUUGAUGCAUUUAAAAAUUACAAGUUGGAUUCUGUAGCAGGAGCACCUGCAGCACCUUCCCCCACAGCAGCAUCUUCACUCCAUACACCUGGAAGCUCCUAUCCUCCACACAUGAAGAUCACCCUGCCGGCUCUGUCUCCUACAAUGACUGUGGGUACAGUUCAGAGAUGGGAGAAAAAAGUUGGUGAGAAACUGAAUGAAGGAGACUUGCUAGCAGAAAUUGAAACUGACAAAGCAACUAUUGGCUUUGAGGUUCAAGAGGAAGGAUAUCUAGCAAAGAUCCUGGUAUCUGAAGGAACUAGAGAUGUACCCCUAGGGGCACCACUUUGCAUCCUUGUUGAGAGGGAGUCUGAUAUUGCAGCCUUUGCUGAUUAUAAAGAGAUGGUAGAUAUAAAACCAGCACCAGCAGUUCCUACUCCCCCACAGGUUGCAGUUGUACCUCCUACAGUGGCUCAGGCAGCCCCAACUCCUGCAGCCUCUGCACCACCUGAGCAAACAGGCAGGAUUUUCAUCAGUCCCCUUGCAAAGAAACUUGCAGCAGAAAAGGGCAUUGACCUUAGACAAGUAAAAGGUACUGGACCUGAAGGACGGAUUACAAAGAAGGACAUAGAAUCAUUUGUACCUACCUGUUUUAUUGACCAGGCUCCUGUGGCAGAAGCUGGAAUUUCACCCCCAGUGGCUGUUCCUACUGGAACCUUUACAGAUAUUCCCAUCAGCAACAUUCGCAGGGUAAUUGCUCAGCGCCUUGUACAGUCAAAGCAAACAAUUCCUCACUACUGCUUAACCAUUGACAUCCACAUGGGGGCAGUAUUGCAAAUGAGGGAGGAGCUAAACGAGGUUCUGAAGUCUGAAAAUAUCAAAUUGUCCGUUAAUGACUUCAUUAUUAAAGCAUCAGCUCUAGCUUGUCUGAAGGUGCCAGAAGCGAAUUCCUCCUGGAUGGAUACAGCCAUCAGGCAGCACCAUGUAGUUGAUGUCAGUGUUGCAGUGAGUACUGAUGCAGGCCUCAUCACUCCAAUUGUAUUCAAUGCCCAUGUUAAGGGACUUGCUACAAUUAGCAAGGAUGUGUUUGCACUAGCAACAAAAGCAAGAGAAGGUAAACUUCAGCCACAGGAAUACCAGGGUGGCACAUUCACAAUAUCUAAUCUGGGGAUGUAUGGCAUAAAGAACUUCUCUGCUAUAAUUAACCCACCACAGGCCUGUAUCUUGGCUGUUGGUUCUUCAGAAGAGAGACUCAUCCCUGCAGAUAAUGAAAAAGGAUUUGAUGUUGCCAGUAUAAUGCAAGUUACACUGAGCAGUGAUCACCGGGUUGUGGAUGGAGCAGUAGGUGCCCAGUGGCUAUCUGAGUUCAGAAAGCUGCUUGAAAGACCAAACACUAUGUUACUUUAAGUGGACAAAGCAUCCCUUUUUGACAUGGGACAAAAGUAUUGCCAUUGGGGCCUACUCAAGUGUAUUGACUAAGUGGCUUACUUCAGGACUGUCCUGGCUUUCUCUUCUAAAGGAUCAGUGGCAGCCUUCACUGUAGCUGGAUUGAACUUGGAACUGUAAAGCUAAUUGGCUUAAACUUUGAAUACUGAAGUUUAAAUGGAUAAGUUUGACUGGCCUAAAGUCUAAAAGAUUUGUUCUCUGGAAAUUUGCUAUUUUGAGGUUAACUGCAUCCAGUUGGGUUUUCAUAAUGGACACGUCUGCUGUGAAGUGUGCCACCCAGUUGUAUUUGUGUAAUAAAGUAUGCAGAAAAAAUG